AUGGCCGGAAACAAUUCUACGGUCAUCCUCGCAAUUUCUUGGACAGAAACAUGCAUUGGUUUACUCCUUUUCAGUCUUCGGUUCUUAAGUAACUGGAAAUUUGUGGGGCGGUUUAGAUGGGACUUUGCUGUCGCUGGUUUGACGGUGGCAACCGAGACCACUGCCCAGGUGUUCCUGCAAUUUUCAGUCAAUGCUGGAAUGGGCGAUCACUUGGAUGAGCUGUCAGACUCGCAGAGAGUUACAGCGCUGCACUGGUCAUGGGUGUUCCAGUUACUCGCAAUAACCGCGAGUAUGCUGGGAAAGCUUGCAAUUCUCGCCUUCCUUUUCCAGAUUCGUGGUCGUCACGAGACAAAGCCUUGGUUCUUGAUUAUCCUGGGAUUUCUCAUUGGAACAAUCAACAUUGCCGUUCUUGGAACCAUUCUGGGACAAUGCAAGCCAAUGCACAAAUUGUGGGAUGAUAGCGUUGAAGGAACAUGCGACCCGGGGCGCAAAAUGAAUCAGAACUAUUCGUUCUUCCAGGCUAGCUUCAACGCAUUUAGCGACGCCUUGUUAGCAUCAUAUCCGAUCCACCUCUUUUGGAAGCUCCAGAUGAAGCUGCGAAUCAAGGUCGCCUUGUCUAUUCUCAUGGGGUUGGGUUGGAUAGCGGCAGUUUGCUCCGCUGUCAAGACAUAUGAGCUCAAGGCGUUGACCGAAACAACUGAUAUCACCUGCAAGUCAAAUCCAUAA